CGGUGCGGCUCGGUGGCGCCCCGCCCCGCUCGCUACUCCGAGGCCAGGGGCCGAAAUUCUGCAGGUUUGCGACGAAGACUUAGGUGCGGCGCGACGCGUUAUCGGAGAGGCGGGCGGGUCCGAGGCGCACCAGUUCCGUCGCGCGGGUGGCUUUGCGCCCCUUCCCUGGCACUUCAUGAAGGAGGGCCGCGCAGGAGCAGCUUGCCCAGCAUUCACAAGUGUUUCGUUUCAGUCGAGCCAGGCAGCAUUCAGGGAUGUGGUCUCCGAGACCUCGCUUUCGUUUUCCCGCCAGACCCACCUCCCACAAACCCCCAGGCUUUCUUGAGGAGAGUGGAAUAUGUUGGCUCUUCCCUAAGAAAUGGAAGCCCAGAUUGCCUGGGAGUCAGGAGACUUCGUUUCCAGCUCCCGCCCCUUACUGCUGCUGCAAAUCCAUGACUGGCCAGAGACCAUCCGCUGCAGCGGACGUCGGAAACCGAGAGCUCGCAGUUCAGGAGGCAGGAAAAAGACAUGCCCGCGCUCUCAUCCCAACAGAUCUCCUGAUGAUGGGGCGCAGCCCUGGGUUUGCCAUGCAGCACAUCGUGGGUGUGCCCCACGUACUGGUUCGGAGGGGCCUCCUUGGAAGGGACCUCUUUAUGACCAGGACUGUCUGCAGCCCAGGCCCCAGCCAGCCCAGAGAGAAAAGACCUGAGGAGGUGGCCCUUGGGCUGCAUCACCGCCUUCCAGCACUGGGAAGAACCCUGGGGCACAGUAUUCAGCAACGAGUGACCUCCACAGCCAAGACUUGGUGGGACAGAUAUGAAGAGUUUGUUGGACUCAAUGAGGUUCGAGAGGCCCAGGGAAAGGUGACGGAGGCAGAGAAAGUGUUCAUGGUGGCUCGAGGGCUUGUCGGAGAGGCUCGGGAGGACUUGGAAGUUCAGCAGGCCAAGCUGAAGGAAGUGAGGGAUCGCUUGGACCGUGUCUCCAGGGAGGACAGUCAGUACUUGGAACUGGCCACUCUCGAGCACAGGAUGCUGCAGGAGGAGAAGAGGCUUCGCACGGCUUAUCUGCGUGCAGAAGACUCUGAGCGUGAGAAGUUCUGCCUCUUCUCUGCGGCUGUGCGGGAAAGUCAUGACAAGGAGCGCACAAGGGCUGAGAGGACCAAGAACUGGUCCCUCAUUGGCUCAGUCCUGGGGGCCCUGAUUGGUGUGGCUGGCUCCACCUAUGUGAACCGUGUCCGGCUACAGGAGCUGAAGGCCUUACUCUUGGAGGCACAGAAGGGGCCUGUGAGUCUUCAGGAGGCCAUUCGAGAACAGGCAUCUAGCUACUCGCUCCAGCAGAGGGACCUCCACAAUCUCAUGGUGGACUUGAGGGGCCUGGUACAUGCUGCUGGGGCAGGGCAGGGCUCUGGGUUACAGGCAGGUACUCCCCCAACCAGAGACAGAGAUGUAGAUGUCCUUUCAGCUGCCUUGAAAGAGCAGCUCAGUCAUUCCAGGCAGGUCCAUUCAUGUCUAGAAGGUUUACAAGAGCGGCUUGAUGGCCUAGAAAAGACUUGUAGCCAAAUGGCUGAGGUGGUUCAGCUUGUAAAGGCUGCAGCACACCCAGGCCUGGUGGAACCAGCAGACGGCGCUAUGCCCAGCCCCCUGCUGGAGCAGGGGAGCAUGAUCUUGGCACUGUCGGACACGGAGCAGAGACUAGAAGCCCAAGUCAACAGGAACACCAUCUACAGCACCCUGGUCACCUGUGUGACAUUUGUGGCCACACUGCCUGUGCUCUACAUGCUAUUCAGGGCCAGCUAAUCCCUGGCCCCUCCUUCAGAGGGUCUGAGGCAAUAGCUGUGCAUGUGGAUUUAGUUAGAGAAUAACAAUGAAGCAAGCCUUUGGGGGGGUGCGCAACCUCAGCCUGAAGGAGCAGUAUCUGUGUGGCUCACCAGUAGGCACGCUUUGCUUUGUAGGCAGGGUUCAUUUACAUUAAUUAUCAAAACUGUGCUAAUGUCCGAUUAAAAUGUCCUGAGUUUUAUUAUUUAAAACAA